GCUUCUAUUCACACGUUCGCUUCCAAACAGACUCCAGAUAUAGGCGGUCAUUAAUGAUGCUUUAGAGAUAUAGAAGGUUUUAACAUCAUUGAGUCAGAAUCCAACCAGUCCUCCGCCGUCAUGGUGUACCUGAACACGAGAAAAAACGCGUUCCUCUUCUUCCUCGCUUCCACCGCCGUCCUCAUCUACACGACGCAGAAGGACCUCUUCCACUUCGGCGGUGGGUCUCGCUACGUCCUUCCCAAGAGUCGGUCUCGAGACGUCCUGCAGGAUCUGAUGCAGCUGAAGGCAAAGGAGAGGAAGAAUGUGAAGCCGAGCAAAGAGAACAGGACUAACAGCGUCAAGGGAGUGAGGACUUCUACGCCUGUCCUCAAGCUCUCGUACGGCGCCGCCCUUAGCAAUAUCAGCUACGCCAGUUAUAGUCCAGAGGACGCCGCCAUUUUGAAAAGCCGCGUGGACGAGAUGGCGCGGAGGGCGAAGGUGAUCGGCCGGGUUUGCGAGUCGACGGCAUCUCUCGCGAAGAAACCGAGUCGAAUUUCGGUUGUUUGGGACACGAAGCAUAACCCGAGUAUUGUCUGGUGCCCGGUGUAUAAGGUCGCCUCCACCACCUGGAUGAGGAACUUCCUCCGCCUCGCGCACUUCAACGAGCACAACCCGAAGAUCCCCAGGAAUAUCUCGAAGGAGAAGCAGGACAAAAGGAGGUUUUCGGUGCGGUUCGGCGCCACCCACAACCGCGUGUUCGAGCUGUAUCCGGAACCCGAAGACGAAGCCGAGAGAAGCCGAGUCAUGCAGGAAAGUGUUCGGGUCAUUAUCGUGAGGCAUCCCUUCGCCAGGCUCCUCUCUGCUUAUCGGGACAAGAUGAUCAAGAAAAAUCCCAUCCCUGUCAGAUUCAAGUUUAGGGAGUUGCAAAAGUACAUUAUUGCUAAGUAUCGAGGAAGCAACAGUACUGACAAUUCCUCUUUUCCGAGUUUUGCGGAAUUCGUCCAACACGUCAUAGACUCGACCGAGGAAUAUGUAACUCCCAAAGACUGGACGGAUAACGUGAAAUGCUGGCUGCCUUACUGGGUGCACUGCGGCGUUUGUUCCUCUGACUACAACGUCAUCAUGAAGUUGGAAAGUAUGAAGGAUGACGAACGGUUCCUCAUCACCCUUUCUCGUCUUGAAGAACUCAAAGUGAACUUCUCUCCCGAUACUCACGCUUCCCAAAUGCUAAUGCUUCGACAGGAUGUUAACAACUGGGUCCACCUGAAGGGGUCCUCCUCGGAGAAUUUGGCAAAGGAGUACUAUAAGGACGUGACGCGGCGCCAAAUGCUGGAACUCUACCAGCGGUAUCAGCCCGAUUUUAAGCUCUUUCAGUAUGACAUUGAUGACUUCCUUGCUAUUGCUAAAGAGGAGUAAAAUCUGAAUGUGGUUGUGGCUUCAGCUCUAAAUGAUUACGCUUCGGCAGAGUAAAUAAAGUACUUUGAUUACAAAGCAUAUGGCAGUUACCUGACUGCUAGUACAAUAUGUUACGCUUGACUGCUUGGAUUUGGCUGUUUCCCAGAAUUUACUUUAUAUUAAAGUUUAUAUAUGCAGGGUGAUUUCACCCUUAAAUUAUUGUUGAAUAAAGGUGAAUUGAGA